AGCAUUGUAGCAAAACUUAUAUUUUGGCGCAGUUUUGUGUUUGAAAGCGACCAGAUUUAUUGCAUACAUUUAAAAUACAAAACUUUUAAUAAUUUAUAUGAUUUAAUUAACGUUAAACUAGGCACAAUAUUGAAAAAAAUGACUAACAGAUGCAACAGUGUCGAUAGAAACAGUGCUCCUUUGUAUCCUUGGUAUAAGGAAAGUCUCCGCACUAAGUGCCUGAAGGAUCCACUUCAGAAGCAGCAGCUCUCUGGGGCUUUGGAUGGACAUCGAUGGCGCUUUUUAAAGCCAGGACUUGACGAUUUUAGAGACGGCUACCCAGCACUUCAAGAGGUGACUUUCACUCAGCCCCAGCGUGGAACCGAACCUGCCAUUUUCGGCUUGUCUGGUCGGCCAACUUCAGAGAGACUAACCAAGAGUCGCUUUACCAAAGAGCAGGUCUGCUUUUCCAAACAGAACUGCCUGCAGCAAGAACGUAGAUGUUUUGUGGAAGCAGUGGAACAGAGGUUGAGUGUGCACCCACUCGCUCUCUAUCCACAUUUAGCAAGUGGCAUGGCUCCUGAGGUCUUCAGUGAGGUGUUGUCUGUCCUGGACCCUGUCAUGCACAUCAGCAUUAUGAAACCUGUUACCUGUUCAGUCAAACAUGAAAAUACAGAUGUGGUGCCAUGUGAACUUCCAGCUCAAGACCUAGCAACAGAGGAUUCAGCAGAACAAUCUUACAGUCCUAUAUUUUUAAAGCAGGGGGAGAAACCCACUCCUUCAAGAAAUCCAUACAAGUGGCAAGAACAUGAGAAGACAAAAGAGGAUCCAAUGAAUAGCAACAAAACUCUACGCUCAGCAUCUGAGGAGAAAGACAUCAAGAGAGUGACUAAGCACUUCUGUGACUGGGUGGCCUCACUGGGUGGGGAAACAAACAAUAUAACGGAGGCUACUGUCCUAAGCCUGUUUGCUAGUAGCUGUGAGAAGACACCUUCCUUGAAUGUCCCCAUUAAAGUGCUUCAAGCCAACCAAAAACCCGAGAAGCUUCGGAGCAAUGAGGAACACCUGGCUAAGAACUACUUUACCCAGCAGCUGAAGGGCUCAGGGCUAAACAAGCACCAGGUGCACACUCAGAGCAUAAAACGACUAGAUGGAACAUGGUAUUCAGACCCUAAACCACGGAAGAAAUGUCCUGCUAAUGACCCUUUGAUGACUGAAGACCUAGAGCUGGAGCAACAGCUCACUGAAAAGGAUGAAGAACUGAAGCAGAUUCAUGGAACUCAAGCUUUUAAGCAGUUCAUCAUAAGUCACGGACUGAGAAUGCCCCGGUUUCUGAGCUCUCUCUUAAUGGAGGACGAACAGGAGGACAGGACCAGAGGGACGGACAGGACCAGAGGGACGGACAGGACAGUUUCAGCAUCGACACACAAGAGGACAGCUAUGCAUUAAUUACACCUCACAUAUUAUUCAACACUUUUAAAGUCCAUGAUUUUAAA